CGUGUAUCCAUACGGGAUCCAGAGCCAGAGAAAUACAACUAGAAGAAGGCAUUACUUCAUAUCGUUCUGGUGCUCUUCCACCACCUUCGCACUCUACUAAUGGGGCAUUUAAUAAUGGAACUCUUCUUUCAGACUCUACUUCAAAUUCCUCACAUGAUUAUUUAAAUCUAAAGUCUGUCGGAACAAAAGGUUCACCUACUCCAAAUGGUAGUAACUCUGAUCAUUUAUCUUCAUAUCCCUCAUCUUUCCGUCGUACUCGUGCAGAUACAUUACCAUCUUCGUUGACACGACCAACUAGUAUUAUUGGUCACCACCCUACUUCCUCCUUAUCUAUGGCGUCUUCCAUUGGAUCCUCAUCUGCUUCACCUCUCCUUACACCCCCCGAAAUCAAAUUCUCGUCUCCGUUCUGGAUCCCUUACAUUACC